AUCCUAAAAUUUGUUUCUUUCUCCUCUUCCCCUCUCUCCCUCUUGACUGCUCGCUGCUGCUGCUCACUCACACACAAUUCUAACCCUACUUUGUCUCGUUCUCUUUCACUCGCAACACAAUCUCACGGCGGGCGGCACCGGCGACUACUACUUUCUCAACUCUCUAAUUUCUUGUUCCAACAGUACUGGCAAGGCGGUGCUGGAAUCCUACGUCGUGAGCUUGCUACCGGAAAACACCAACAGUGAGAAAAUCAUCCAAACGGAACCCUAACAUUAUGAAGAAGGCUCGACAUGCUCCUCCUACUUCUUCUUUUAACCUGAAAAGGAAAAGGAAAGAAGGUAAAGAUAACAAAAAAAAGAAAGAAGGAAGAAGGGAGGAGAAAGAGACAAAGGUUGACUUUAUUAAAUCUAAAAGCUUGCUAGAGGAUGACCAUGAUGACCUAGAAGGGUUUGACGAUGAUUCUCCUAGAAGCAAUGUUGUUGAAAGCUUGCAGCAAGAUCUCGAUGACAGUGAUUCUGGAUUAAUAGAAGGUUCCGAGACUGAAGAGGAUGCUGAGUUUUCUCAUUCAGAUGAAGAGGAUAUUAGGACAAAUGGCAGAGCAACAUCGGAGGAUUCAGUGCAUUUGAGCUCUUUUGAUUUACAUUUGCAACAUAAUUUAUCAAAAGAAGAAAUCGACAACCUAAAGAAUUUGAAGUUCAGCUGGGGUGUACCAGUUAUAGGUGUCCCAAAAUGCAAAUGGAUAGGAACUGGCGAAAAUAUCUUGGAGGAUUUGAAUAUCAACUCCUGUGCUGGUCUGAAGGAAAAGUUAUAUGAGCAUUGGAUGGAUGUCUCCAAAACAUCUGGAGGCAAGGAUAUUAAUUCACCUAAACAGCAGAUGUUUUUUUCGCUUUGCAACAGUUACCGGGAUAUACUUCACUGUAACAAGAGACCAUUUUAUCUCAAAGGCCUUGAAGACACAAGCAAUAUGGAUUCUUACAUAAUGCAUUCACUCAAUCAUAUAUUCAGAACUAGAGACUGUGUGAAAAAGAACGAUGCCAAACUGACUAGGCUUGAAGAGGGUGCUGAUACCGAUAGAUUCCGAGAUCAAGGUUUUACUCGUCCUAAGGUUUUAAUUUUGUUGCCGUUGGCAAGUAUUGUGUAUCGUGUUGUAAAGAGGCUUAUACAUCUUACACCUUCAGCUUACAAGGUCAAUGUUGAGCAUAUGGAUCGUUUUUCCACUAAAUUUGGAGGUGAGGAACAUCAAGACAACAAGGAAAAUGGUCAGGAGUUUGAAAAUGCAGACCCUCAGAAGUCAUCCAAACCAAAUGACUUUCAAUUACUUUUUGGAGGCAAUAAUGAAGACGACUUUAUGAUCGGCAUCAAAUUUACUAGGAAGACAAUCAAGUUAUUCAGUGAUUUCCAUACCUCAGACAUUAUUAUUGCUUCAUCACUUUGUUUGGUUAAUAAAAUUGAAGAGGCAGGGAGAAAUAAGGAAAAAGAUGUAGAUUUUCUUUCCUCCAUAGAGGUUUUGAUUAUUGAUCAUGCUGAUGUAAUAGCAAUGCAGAAUUGGUCUCAUGUGCAUACUGUUAUUGAACACCUGAACCGCUUACCAUCUACACAGCCCAGAACAGAUGUUAUGCGCAUUAGGCCAUGGUAUCUCGAUGAUCAUGCAAAAUUUUACAGACAAACAAUAAUUCUGGGUUUUUAUUCCAAUCCAGAGAUAAACGCAUCAUUCAAUCAUCAGUGUUCUAAUUAUGAGGGGAAGGUGAAGCUGAUGUGUGAAUAUAAAGGUGUUCUACACAAGGUGCUCCCUGAAAUUCGUCAGAUUUAUGAACGGUUUAAUAUAGACUCAAUUGUAGAUGCUGAUGAUGCCCGUUUUGAUUAUUUUGUUAAAAAGGUUUUCCCAAGAAUAAAAGAUUCUGAUCAGGGAGGGAUUAUGCUAUUUACCAGUUCUUACUUCGAAUUUAUUCGAAUCCGAAACUUUUUAAAGUCACAAAGUGCCUCCUUUUGCCUGCUUGGAGAGUAUACAAGCCAACGUGAUAUUUCUCGUGCACGUCUUUGGUUCUAUGAAGGGAAAAGAAAAAUUAUGCUUUACACAGAGAGGUCUCAUUUUUACCACAGAUAUAAGAUUCGAGGUGUUCAGAAUUUGAUCAUUUAUUCGCUCCCAGAGAGGAAGGAGAUUUACCCUGAGAUUGUAAAUGUGCUUGAUGGGUCUGACAACAUGGCAUGCACCGUCCUUUUUUCGUGCCUCGACAAGUUUCGGCUGGAAAGAGUUGUUGGAACUACUCCGGCACAAAGGAUGUUAGCUGCAGAGAACCGUGUUUUUGUUUUUUCCGAUUAGAGUUCGGCUGUACUCCAAGGCUGUAACAAUGCUAAGUAACCUGAGUGUGUGUCGUGGUUUUAUGUCUUUGAAACCAAGAGGCUCUUGAAAUUGGUUUCGACGGGAGGAUGAAGUCAAUUUGGUUUUUUUUGAGGAUGCUUGAAUGAAGAAUGAAAUGGUACUGACUCUUGCUGAACAAAAAUCAUGGAGGAUAACUUUUCCCUUGGGAGUUUUUUUUUCUUAUCCCCCUUGGUUUAUUCAGUUUUAUGUAACAAUAGAAUUGUGAAAGGGACAAUAAUUUAGAAUUGGCAGGGUAAACUCUGAGAAUAAUACAUUGGGAGUUCAAUACACAAGCGGGGGUGUUAGAUUAGAUGACAGAAUAGCUUGGUAUAAAAUAUUUAUUUCUACAGAAAAAAAAUAUUUAUUUCUAGAAAUUUAUUAUUAUUGUAAUGAAUGAAAUGAAUUAUUGGUCUGUAUUUUUAUUGAUUUA